GUCCAACACUUCUGAAGACGACGCCGUUCUGUCUGUCACUGCUGCUCUUGCCAAGGAUGCCGCCUUGCAUUUCCAGUCUCGCCGUUUCGUGGAGUGCCUCGCUGUUUUGCAUCAGCUCAAGUUAAAGAAAGAAAACGAUCCCAAAGUAAUUACUUGUAUAUCCAAUCAUUUUGAGAUGGUUGCAUUUCUAAUUUUUUAUUGUUGGAGUUAGUCGAGUAAUGGAUGCAGGGGAAAUGUUUCAUUUCUUCUUUUAAGUGGAAAUGGCAGUUUAAGCGCGUGUUGUGUUUGCACUCUUAGUUAAUUUUUAUCUGGUUAGAGUUAGUUUCUUUAUUUGAGAUUUGAUAAUGAACUGUUAGUUUGGAGUUUACUGAUACUGAGCCAAUGUUAUUUAAUAGCUUGCUUAGGUUGAGUAAACUCUCUGGGAAAAAUUUAUUCACUUAUCUGAGUUAAUGCACACAAACGUCUAUAUGUAGGAUAGAUAGAGAAGACUGAGGAAGAUGCAUUAUUUGCAGAUGGAACCUUAUAUGCAUCAAUUUUAGUGGUUGUAUUAAGGUGACGGUUCUACCAGAGCCAUGAAACUCUUUUAAAUGGAGUGGUUGAACCAAUUGUCCCUUUUUAUACGUCAAAAGACAACUGAAAACUAGUUCUGGGUUCAGGCUGGGAUUGCUGCUUGUUAGUGAUACUUUCCCUUCUGCUAAAAUUCCGAUUGUAUUGUCUAUUUUAAUUUGGGAACCCCAUUGAUUACUUGGGCAUUCUGGAGUAGUAGAAGUUAUGUUUAGUCAUGAGAGAGAAUUGCAGGCAUUGAUAUUUGAUAUGCAACUACCAAAUUCUGAAGUUAGGUUCCAUUUGUUUCUAGAUAUUGGCUGCCUGAAAUUCUUUCGAAGUGAAUUUGCUUACAAAAGUGUAUUUUACAAUAGAAUAUGGCAUGAACCAAGACUGGCAGAUUGUGUUUUACUUGAUUGAAUGAAUUGUGCUUCGCCAUGCCUCCAACCACUGCUUAUAAAGUAUGAUUACACUGCAGUGAACUGUUUCAGCUACUUUAAGGUGGUUCAUAAUAUUGCUAUUGCGGAAUACUUUCAUGAUGGUUGUUCAGAUACAAGGAAGUUGCUUGAAGUACUUAAUAACUUGAAGAAGAAAGGCGAACAACUUGCUUGGGCUACUGGAGAACAGGUUGAUGCUGGGAGCGAUGCUGGAAAUAAAGUUAUUUCAGGGUCUAAAGGAAGUGGUGCAACAGCACAUCAAUUUUCUGUUACAAAUAGUGCGACUCUGAUUUACAUGGAUGAAUUUGACCCGGCAGUUGCAACAUUAAAUAUUGCAAUUAUCUGGUUUCAUCUUCACGAAUAUACUAAGGCAUUGUCAGUUCUAGAACCUUUGUAUCACAAUAUUGAACCUAUUGAUGAGACAACUGCUCUCCAUGUUUGCCUUCUGUUGCUGGAUGUUGCACUUGCCUGCCAGGAUGCAUCAAAAUCUGCUGAUGUACUGAUUUAUCUAGAAAAAGGUUUUGGUUUUGGCUGUGGGAGUCAAGGUGAUAAUGCAAGCACAACACAGCAACAAUCUGCAAAUCUAGUUACAAAAUUAUCCUCUAUUCCAACCAGUUCAUCAGCUUUGGAAGCUUCUAAUUUGGAUUUAGCACCUAGUGGGAAUUCCUUGGAAAAUUCUUUGUCGAAAACUUUAUCACUAUCAGAGGAGUCACUUGAGUAUGAAACCAUGUUUUCAUUAGACAUAAGUGGACAGAACCUGACAAGGCCAUCUGGUCUCCCAUCUUCAAAUGAUCUUUCCAGGACCCAAGUUGAUAGGUCUAUGUCUACCAUUGAUCUGAAGCUUAAGUUGCAGCUUUACAAGGUCCAGUUUCUACUUCUCACAAGGAAUUUAAAACAAGCGAAGCGCGAAGUCAAGCUUGCUAUGAACAUUGCACGUGGGAGAGACUCAUCCAUGGCUCUCCUCUUGAAGUCUCAGCUUGAAUAUGCUCGUGGGAAUCAUCGUAAAGCCAUCAAGUUGUUGAUGGCAUCAAGUAAUCGGACAGAGAUGGGGAUUUCAAGCAUGUUCAACAACCUUGGUUGCAUUUAUUAUCAGCUUGGGAAAUACCAUGCAUCAUCUGUCCUCUUUUCCAAGGCACUAACUAGUAGUUCAUCUCUUCGGAAGGACAAGCCUAUGAAACUGUUAACUUUUUCACAAGAUAAAUCUCUCCUUAUUAUGUACAAUUGUGGUAUACAACACUUGGCUUGUGGGAAACCCUUGUUGGCUGCUCGCUGUUUCCAGAAAGCAAGUUUAAUUUUUUACAACCUUCCUAUCUUGUGGCUCCGGCUUGCUGAGUGUUGUCUGAUGGCUUUAGAAAAGGGACUCAUAAAAGCUGGUCGAACUCCAUCACACAAAUCAGAAAUUAUAGUUCAUGUUAUUGGCAAGGGAAAAUGGAGGCAUCUUGCAAUAGAAAAUGGGAGUUCAAGAAAUGGAUAUUUGGAUUCUGUUGAAAGGGAGGACUUGUUUUUGGGCAGUGAUGGCCAACCCAAGCUCUCAGUGACCCUUGCCCGGCAAUGUCUCCUCAAUGCUCUGCAUUUGUUGGACUCUUCUGAUAUCAAACAUUUGAAGUCCAGUUUGCCUUCUAGUAUCUCCUUGGAAGAAAAUGAAUCCAGUGAAGCAGAAUCUCUCAAGAAUUCAAACCACAAGAGUUUAACUGGCUUAGAUGCCAAAGCAUCUUCUUUAUGUAUGGGCUUAGGUCAGCUUAAUGCAAAUGGGGAUACAAAAGAGCAGAAGGGAGUGACAGGUCAGGAGAUCAUGCAGAAUUCCAUCUCUUUCUUUGAAGAUAUUCGUAGGAGAGAGAAUCAGAUGAUUAAGCAAGCUCUUCUUGCUAACUUGGCUUAUGUGGAGUUGGAACUAGAAAAUCCUGAGAAGGCCUUGUCCAUUGCAAAGUCCCUCUUGGAAAUUCCAGAAUGCUCAAGAAUUUAUGUUUUUCUUGGUCAUGUAUAUGCAGCUGAGGCCCUCUGCUUGCUAAACAAGCCUAAGGAAGCUGCUGAGCACUUGUCAAUUUAUUUGUCUGGAGGAAUUAAUGUUGAGUUGCCCUUCAGCCAGGAGGACUGUGAGGAAUGGCGAGUGGAGAAAACUUACGAUUGUGAAGAUACCAAUGGAGGAUCAACCAGUGCCAAGAUUUCUUCCCCUGAGGAAUCACAAGGUUUUGUGUUCCUCAAACCAGAAGAGGCGCAAGGCAUCCUUUAUGCCAAUUUUGCAACCAUGUAUGCAGCACAAGGUGAGCUUGAGCGGGCGCACCAUUUUGUGACCCAAGCAUUGUCUCUUAUACCUGACAGUCCUGAGGCCACUUUGACCGCAGUUUAUGUGGAUCUUAUGCUCAGUAAGUCACAAGCAGCUAUUUCUAAGUUAAAAAAAUGUAGUCGGGUCAAGUUCGUUCCAAGCCAUGUACACUUGAAUAAAUCUUGAUGGCUGAAUCAGUAGCGUCUAAUUCUUGUGUCUGGCUCACCUCUCAGUGUUAAUUAGUGGGUAGAUCAGCAAUCCUUUUAUAGGAUUUGUAACAUAUAUAGUUCAGUUAAGAGAAUAAAUUUUCUUUUUUCCUUUUGAUUUUUCAUAUCUAGGGUUCAUUAAUUGGUGUGGCAGUGUUUUGGAUAGAGCUGAUGCCCACCUUUCAAAUUUAUGUUGUGCUCUUCUUGAGAUUGAAGACAGAAGAAAAGAAAUUAUGUUGAGAUUUCAAUUGUUUCUAUAAAUACGCAAUUCAAUCAAUGCAAAGUUCUUCACUAA